AUGGACCUGCACGCCGCCUCGUUCAUGGGCAUGACGGUGCCCGACGACUUUGUCGUCAAGGCGGCCACGAAACCCGCGAGCCCGACAAGGAAGAGCAGCACGCCGCCGAUCGCCAUCCCCGUCCCAGGCAAGCCGCGCAUGCGCUCCCCUUCCAUGCUCGCCACAUCAGUCGCGAGCAACACGAGCUCGGUAUCGGCGUCAGCCUCGACAGCCAGCAGCAGCGGCGUCGGCGGCGGCGGCAGCGGCGGCGACUCGCCAAUGCAGGCGCCGCGCCCCCUCCGCGCGCGGGGCAGCACGCUGAGCGGCGCGCCGCACCAUGCGCCGCGGCCGCACAUCUCCAUCCUCAGCUCGUCGCCGACACGCACCCCGUUCGCAGUGGACGACAGCCUCGUCACGCCGCUAUCGCUCACGGGCUCGUCGCCGCUCUCGGCCUUUGGUGUGUCCCCGGCCGGCCGCCCCGGGUUCGGGCGCAGCGAGUCCAACUCGAUGCCCGUCACGCGUGUCGCCACGCCCUCGAGCCCGACCACGGGGGCGCGCACGUCGCCCAAGAUGAACGGCAGCGUCGGGCUCGCGCGCGCGCCCAGCCCGCAGCAGCAGCAGAACGCGACGUCCCCGCCCAAAUCGCCCAAGUCAAAGGGCAUGUCCUUCCUCACGCACAAGAUGGGCAAGCUGCUCGAUUUCGACGGCAUGCUCGGCCCCCUCGACCCCAACCGCGUCGCCAGCAUGCUCACCCGCGACCCCACGCCGACGGUCGUGUUUGGCGCCGAGACGGAAGCCGGGUAUGCGGUUGUCCGCGCGCUCCUCAACGCGCGGUCGUGGGCCGUCGUCGCGCUUGUCGUCGACGACACCAACGAAAUGUGUGCACAGCUCCGCGACGACGGCGUGCCCGUUAUCCAGGUCGAUAUGGACAACCCAGGCAGCUACGCAAAGCACCUCAAGGGUGCCAAGGCGGUCUAUCUGUCUACCAAUGUCAUCGCGCUCCACGCCAUCCUCGUUCACCAGCCCGAGCCCAAGCGAACAGAGUUUGCGCGCGCCGCAGACCUGUGCCAGCUCACCAAGGCCGUCCAUGCCUGCGCGCGUGCAAAGGUCGGCCAUGUCGUCUUCCGCACAAACUCGUGCGGCCACGAGGUCAGCCUCAACACCAUGUCGACGUGUGGUGUCUUCCAUGAUGCGCCUGAGGAGUUGCUCUCUGCUGGAGUGCCUACAACAACUCUCCACUCGUCGGUGCCCUACAACCGCGUCGUGACGUGGCUGCGCAACGGCCCAGACGGCUCGCUCGUGCUUGACAUCCCCGUGCCCGACGACACCAAGAUUCCCUUCUUUGCUAUCGAGCAGACUGGCGAAUACGUCCUCGCCGCCCUCAACAACCCCAAGCGCUGGGUCGGCAAGGACAUGUACUGCCAGUCCGAGCUAUUCACGCCCACCGAGAUUGCAGCCCUCCUGUCCAAGAUGUCGGGCCGCAAGGUCGACACGGCACACGUCACGCGGGCCCAGUUCGACUCGCUCGAGUCGCACGAGCGUCUCACAUGUCGCUGGGACGCAUGGGCGCAGCUCGUUCGCGGAGAGUACCGCCCCGAGCCUUACAUGUUCCCCACGGCCGCCGACGUGCCAAACCAGUGGAGCUGGCAGGAGUGGCAGGGCAGCAACCUCGAGCUGCACCAGGUCCUCCGGGGCGAAAUCCCUGUCCCAAACAAGGACGACCCGGAUCGGCACCUCAAGGAGACGGAGACUCUGGCCCAGCAGUCUUAGGAGGAUAUCAUCGUUGGACAUUUGGUGUUGUACGUUUGUUUGAGUGGUAUUCCGGGUUUAGCAAGAGUUCCGGGUUUAGGCUGUUACUAUCAUGUAUCGCGAUUAUUGUGCGCAG